UCUUCCCCCUGGAAUCAGUGCCCCUCGCAGUGACUGAUUCUGUCGUUUCGUUACACCACACGCUAACGGCAAGAUGAGCGGAGCAGGCGCUAAAAAGGGUCUUACCUCCGGUGUGAUGGAGUGGGUCGGUUCAGCGUGUAAGUUUGCAACAGACAGAACCGACUUCAGAAGGAAUCUUCUGGUCAACCUGGGCCUGUUUGCGGCUGGUGUCUGGGUUGCGAGAAAUCUUUCCGAUUUCGACCUGAUGUCUCCUCAGCCCUUGACAUAACUUUCAUAGCUUAUAACUAGGAUAAUGGCGCGUUGGACCAACAAAGAAGAAACAAGGGACAUAAAUAAAAGACUUUUCUAUUACUAGUU